AUGGCCAAGGGCCAAGCGCCCCACCCAGGAAGCUGGAGAUUCGAAGGUUCCGACGACACGUGGGAGCUUCGCAGGAUGCCCAUAUCUCGACGUCCUCGCUUGAUGCUGGGACCAAGCUUGACAGUCCUGGCGCCGCCGCGACAGCCGAAACAGGUGCCUGAAGAGGAUGACCUGGAGGUUCUGGAGCCUUGCAGCAAUGACGAAGACCAGGCGUCACUCCGCGAAAAGCAGUCAGUGCCCGAGUCUCCCGGGAUGGCGACGACAUGCCCCCCUUCCACCUCCCUGGGCUGCGACACCCCUGGACUGGAAUCGACGGGCUUUCCGGUUCCGUUCGAGCCGGAUCCUGCAUCGAAGUCAUCGACGUUCUGCUCUUCAUGGGACUCCCGCCCCAUCGGUCACCACUAUCCAGACGAUGUAGCUCUCCCGCCUGACCGUAGAACACAUCAGCUCUACGUGCGGUUCUUGGACCAGUACUUGGAGGACGUGCAGGAUGACCAGCGCGGCUUCAAGGGAGCUGUUCCUUGGGGACCAAAUUGA